CACAACUUCCGGACAGGAGUUUUUAAAUCAAGCUAGCUAGCAAGUUUAGCAUUCUGACUAAGGAAAUAUAGCGUAUAUUGCUGAAUAUCAGGCUGCAGGUUAGCUGGGUUGAACACCAGUCAGCUGUUUCAAUGAGCUCCAAGAGGAGACGGGCAACCUCCCCAUCCAGCAGUGUGAGCGGCGGGGGCGAUUUGGAUGAUGCGUCCUCCACGCCUGGAAGUGGUAGAAAAAGAAGAAGGACUUCUAAUAUCCCUACCGUAGACCCGAUUUCUGUUUGCAACGAGCUGUUCAACACCAUCAGGGACUACAAGGAUGACCAAGGAAGGCAGCUUUGUGAAUUCUUCCUUCGGGUUCCGAAGAGAAGGAAUCAACCAGACUAUUAUGAGACGGUUUCCCAGCCUAUCGACAUGGCAAAGAUCCAACAGAAACUUAAACUGGAGGACUACCAAGAAGUGGAGCAUCUCACCGCCGACUUCCAGCUCCUGUUUAAUAACGCCAAGUCAUACUACAAGCCGGACAGCGAGGAGUACCGGGCCGCCUGCAGGCUGUGGAUGGUCUACGUCCAGACCAGGACCGAGUUUGUGCAGCCCGGAGACGGGGACGACGACGAUGACGACGACCUGCUCGACAACACAGGACUCUCGACCGAGGACGAGACCCCGACGGCCUGUCGGAAAGAGUCUCUGGAGCAGCUCCUAGAGGCUGUGGUGUCUCACGCAGACCCCGCCGGCCGAGUCAUCAGUGAACUCUUCCAGAAACUUCCUUCCAAAGUGCAUUAUCCAGACUACUAUGCAGUUAUAAAGGAGCCCAUUGAUCUGCGAGCGAUUGCUCAGAGAAUACAGAUUGGAUACUAUAAAAGUAUCAACGCUAUGGCCAAGGACAUUGACCUACUUGCAAAAAAUGCCAAAACGUACAAUGAACCCGGAUCUCAGGUCUUUAAGGAUGCUAACGCCAUCAAAAAAGUCUUUAUGCAGCGGAAGACGGAACUCGAACACGCCGAGCCGACAAAGUCCAGCGUUCGCAUCAGAAACCGCAGGUCGGCCCAAGGCGACCGUCACUCGGGUGUCAGCGUGUCCCUGCAGUAUGGCUCGGAGAGCGAGGACGAGCCCGUGGCCGCCGGCACGCCCGUGCGCUACGACGACCCGGACCUGGAGGGCGAGGGCCCGGGCUCCGGCGGGGACGGGAGCCACCCGGUCUUCCAGCUGUACGACGCGGUGCGGCGCUGCCGCAACAACCAGGGCCAGCUGCUGUCGGAGCCCUUCAUGCAGCUGCCCUCCCGCAGGGAGUACCCCGACUACUUCCAGCAGAUCAAGAACCCCAUCGCCCUGCAGCAGAUCAGGCAAAAGAUGAAGCAGGGCGAGUACGAGAGCGUGGAGCAGAUGGAGGCGGACCUGAAUCUGAUGCUGGAGAACGCCAAGCGCUACAACAUGCCCACCUCGGGCAUCUACAAGCGCGCCCUCAGGCUGCAGCAGAUCCUCCAGUUGAAGAAGAGGGACGUCCUCAGGAGGGACGACGCGGACGAGGACAGCAUCCUGUCCUCCGACGCCGGGAGCACCAAGAGGAAAAGCCAUAAGAAGAACAUCAGGAAGAACCGCAUGAAGACGCUGUUCAGCGCCGUGAUCGACGCCAAGGAGGUGGGCACUGGCCGGCGCCUGUGCGAGCUCUUCAUGGUCAAGCCCUUCAAGAAGGACUACCCCGACUACUACAAGGUGAUCCUGGAGCCCAUGGACCUGAAGACCAUCGAGCACAACAUCCGCUCGGAGCGCUACGCCAACGAGGACGCCCUGCUGGUGGACAUGAAGCUCAUGUUCCGCAACGCCCGCCACUACAACGAGGAGGGCUCUCAGGUUUACAACGAUUCAGACGUCCUGGAGAAGGUCUUGAAAGACAAGCGCAAGGAGAUGGGAGCUCCGCCCGAAGAGGAGGAAGUGGGUUCGCCGAAGCUCAAGCUGAGAAAGUCGGGCGUCUCCCCCAAGAAGUCCAAGUACCUCACCCCGCUGCAGCAGCGGCUCACCGAGCUCUACGACGCCGUGCGCAACUUCACGGACCGCCGCGGCCGCCGCCUCAGCACCAUCUUCCUGCGGCUGCCGUCGCGCGCCGAGCUGCCCGACUACUACGCCACCAUCAAGAGGCCCAUCGACAUGGAGCGCCUGCGCAGCCACAUGCUGUCGGCCCGCUACCAGGACGUGGAGGCCAUGGUGGAGGAGUUUGCGCUCAUGUUCAACAACGCGUGCACCUACAACGAGCCCGAGUCCCUGAUCUACCGCGACGCCCUGGUGCUGCACCGCGUGCUGCUGGAGACCCGGCGGCAGCAGGAGGGCGCCGAGGACUCGGGCGCCCCGCCGCUGGUGCCCCUGGUGCGCGAGCUGAUCCGCAACCUGUUUGUGUCGGUGCUGGGCCACCAGGACGAGGAGGGGCGCGUCUACAGCGACUCCCUGGCCGAGAUCCCCGCCGUGGACCCGGAGGCGCCCGAGAAGCCGGCGGUGAACUUCGAGGUGGUGCGGGCCAACGUGGAGCGCGGACGCUACCACCGGCUGGACGUCUUCCAGGAGCACAUGUUUGAGGUGCUGGAGAAGGCCCGCCGGCUGCACAGGACCGACGCGGAGGCCUUCGAGGAUGCGGUGGAACUGCAGCAGUUCUUCGUCAAGAUCCGGGACGAGCUGUGCAAGAACGGAGAGAUCCUCAUGUCCCCGGCGCUGAACUACACGUCCAAACACCUGCACAGCGACAUCGACCAGGAGAAGAGGGAGAAGAUUCCCCUGGAGUUUGAGGACGACAAACAGAAGCGAGAAGAGGAGAGCAAAGACGCGGAUAAAUCCGGAGAGCUGCCGGCGGAGGCGUGGCAGUCGGGACCAGAGCGCACCUACAGCCAGGACUGCAGCUUCGAGAACAGCACGUACCGCGUGGGCGACUUUGUGUACGUCACGCCCACCGAGGCCAACCACAAGCCCCACAUCGUCAGCAUCGAGCGCCUGUGGACGGACCAAGCCGGCGAGAAGUGGCUGUACGGCUGCUGGUUCUACAGGCCCAGCGAGACCUUCCACCUGGCCACGCGCAAGUUCCUGGAGAAGGAGGUGUUCAAGAGCGACUACUACAACAAGGUUCCCAUCAGCAGGGUCCGGGGCAAGUGUAUGGUCAUGUUUGUCAAGGACUACUUCAAGCUCCACCCCGAGGGCUACCGGGCCGAGGACGUGUACAUCUGCGAGUCCCGCUACACGGCGCGCAACAAGACCUUCAAGAAGAUCAAGGUGUGGGCCAUGCCGGUGACCUCGGUGCGGCUGGCCCAGCGCGACACGCCCCUGCCCGUGGUGCGCGUGGCCUCCAUGUUCGCCAAGCCUCCCCAGGAGAGGGCGCUGAUGGACGUGUCCGACGCGGACAAAGGAGGCUGCGUGGACAAGGAGCGGGAGGACGUCCCGGUGGAGAUGACGGGGGCGGAGCCCGGCUGCCAGUACUACGACCAGCUGCGUUACAAGAACAUGUGGCUGAAGGUGGGGGACUGUGUCUACAUCCAGUCCCACGGUCUGUCCAAGCCCCGCGUGGCCAGGAUCGAGAAGCUGUGGGUGCAGAACGGAGCCACAUUCUUCUUCGGGCCCAUCUUCAUCCACCCCGAGGAGACGGCCCACGAGCCCACCAAGAUGUUCUACAAGAAGGAGGUGUUCCUCAGCAACCUGGAGGAGACCCUGCCCAUGACCUGCGUCCUGGGCAAAUGCCUGGUGGCCUCCUUCAAGGACUACCUGUCCUGCCGGCCCACCGAGGUGCCCGAGGACGACGUGCUGCUGUGCGAGAGCCGCUACAUCGAGACGGAGAAGCAGAUCAAGAAGUUCAAGGGCCUGAAGCGCUUCUCUCUCUCGGCCAAGGUGGUGGAGGACGAGACCUACUACUUCAGGAAGCUGGUGGUGCCCCAGAAGGAGGCGUCUCCGCUGCUGAACAAGAAGAUCGAGGAGCUGGAGCUGAAGCUGGCCGACGUGGAGGACGGGGACGAGGACCUGGAGGACCUGGACGACGACGACGAGGCCCCGGCCACGCCCUCCAUGCCCCUGAUGCAGACCCCCGUGACGGUCGACCUGGACGCCACCGUGUACACGCCCUCCCAGUCCACUCCUAAGAUAAAGGGCAUGUCCAAGAAGGAGGGCUCCAAGAGGAAGAUCAACAUGAGCGGCUACAUCCUGUUCAGCAGCGAGAUGCGGGCCGUCAUCAAGGCCCGGCACCCCGACUUCUCCUUCGGGGAGCUGAGCCGGCUGGUGGGCACCGAGUGGAGGAACCUGGAGGCCACCAAGAAGGCUGAAUAUGAAGAGCGGGCCGCCAAGGUGGUGGAGCAGCAGGAGCGAGAGAGGGCCCGGCAGCAGGCUUCCCCUAGAGCAGGCAUGAUGGGAGCUUACGGCCCGCAGUACAUGCCCAUGCAGGGCCCCCACGAGGGCCUGUUGAGCGUGGCCCCCAUGCCGCCGCUUCAUCUAGGGGGCCCGCCGAUGGCCGCCCAUCAUCUCCAGCAAGGCAUGCACUAUCCCGGCAUGCCCCACCCGGGUAUGAUGGCUCCAGGGAUGAACGGCAUGGCAGGGAGCCCUAACCCUGGGACCCACUACAUGCAGCAGCCUGGUAUGUACAGCCCUGGUCCUCAGGCUCCGCCCCCAUACCCCGGACAACCUGGCCAACCGGCCAGCCCCCUGUUCGUAGCCCCCCCACCCAAGACCCAGAGGGUCCUUCACUCUGAGGCCUACCUCAAGUACAUCGAGGGGCUGAACUCAGACAGCGGCACUGUGAGCAAGUGGGACCAGACCCUCAAAGCCCAAAGACGGGACGCCCACCUGACCAAAGAGCAGGAGAGCCAUCUGCCCAGCCACUGGCUGAAGAGCAAAGGCGCCCACCGCACCAUGGCGGACGCGCUGUGGCGUCUCAGGGAGCUCAUGCUGAGAGACUCGCUGAACAUCCGCCAGGCGUACAACCUGUAGAUUCACUGGGACCACUUGUAAAACCUGCUUCCUCACUGUUCUUAUCGCGACACAAACUCUAGCACCAGUAAUAAUAGACCAUAGAGGCAAUAUUUUACAAAGAAUUGUUCAAUCAUGGAUUUUUAUAUUUAUUAGCAGGAUAAGCUUGAUGUACCGGUAGUUUGUAUGUGUGUGUGUGUGUGUGUGCUUUUUUUCAAUUAUUUUUUAAACCUUGGGAGAAUUUGUCUUCAAAUUAUGUUUUGGCUUAUGGACACUGACAAAAUAAAAUUGUUCGUGCU